AUGACAUCACAUAGCGAAGAAAGUUCUGCAUGUUCAUCACUCUUAGCACAAACUCACUGUGUUGAUAGCACGCAAAUGGAACAAGCUGAAAGCACACUAAUCAGAGAGAGCAACAGCAAAGAAAACAAUCUGAGUGUAAAAGAAGAGAAGAAACGUAACAGCAGAUGGGCAAAUCUUCCAGAUGAUGUCCUGGAACUGAUUAUGAAGCGUUUGAGCCUCAAAGAUUACCUUGGAUUGCGUGCAAUAUGCUCCCCUUGGAGGGCUACAGUUGCUAAUGCCAUUUUAAACAAACAUUGCCACCCUUUACCUGAACUGCCACUGGUUGUCCUCAACUCUCAUGAAUCAUACACAUUUUUCAACUUGAGGACAGAACGUCUACUUUGUCCCAAAACACCACUAUUUAAGAAUAUGCAGACCUUUCAUGGCUCAGUUGAAGGAUGGAUGAUUGUGAGUGAAUAUGUUAACGUGGCUAGUCUAAAUAUCUUUUUCUUCAAUCCAGUGACAAAUGCUAGAGUCUUUGUCCCAUCAAUGUUGAACUUUCCAUCCAACUCUCCCCGUCAAGAUAAUUUGUUAUUGGGAAAAAUGGUGGCCUCCUCCAGACCCGAUUGUUCUGGUUGUUUUUUGGUUGGUCUCUUUGAUGAUUAUUGUCACAUUGCAUUUUGUAGAAUUUCUGUCGAGUCAUGGUCUACAAUUGAAGCAGAUAAGGAUUCAGGGGUUCAUUUUAUUGAUGUGGAAAUUAUUGAUACUAAAUUGUAUGCUAGAACUGACAGAUCCUUGAAUACCAUUCUGGUUUUUGAUCUGCAAGAUUUCAGUGAUGAACCUCCAAAGCCCAAAGUAUUAGCUAUGAUCCCAGUCCCACAAGUGCCACCACCAGUAUCAAGAUUAUUUGGUAACAUACGAUUUGACAGGGGUAAUUUACUCAUCUUCUUAGCCAAAGAUGAUGCAAUCGGAGAGUUAUUCCUCAUUUACAUGUUCUGUAACUCAGCUUAUGAAACACAUAAUGUUGGCUAUAUGAACCUCGUCAUGCAAUAUGUUACCCCACCUACGAUUACCAGAGUUGAUGUAUUCAAGUUGAACACAAGUAAUGAAACAAAUCAGUGGAUCAAGGUUGAUAACUUGGGUGAUCGUGUGAUGUUUCUUGGCGGUAACAAGUGCUUGGUAAUGUCAAGGGCCGCACUUAACAGCACUGAAGAGUUAAUUGCGGGAAAUAGUAUCUAUUUUAUUGUUGAAUUUCAUUGUCCUGCAAACCCAAGGGUAGUCUUUCGAUUGGGGAUGAUUAGCUUGACUGAUAACAGCAUCAAAUAUAAAUAUUUUUCUCUGGUUAAAUCAAGUCCUUUUCCCCCUAAUCUUAGUUGGUUUGUACCAAGUGUUUAA